CCGUGGAUGAUAACCUCCCACUAAAACUUAUCUCCUCCCCCUCCUCCGUCUCAAUCUCCACCAAGAGAUUCAUUUCUUUUUUUGGUCUCUAUUCCAACUCCACAUUCCUACCAUCAUUAUUUGCCUGCGGGCAUGAUUCCGCCAGACGACAAACAUCAUGUCUGUCGCUCCCACCACUGCUACGGCUACCAAUAAGGCGCAGAAUCCCGCCAUUGUCAAAAAGGACGCAGACUAUCAAAAGAGCAAGCAUAUUCGCUAUCCCUUCUGGUUUGGUGGAUCUGCCUCGUGCUGUGCUGCCGCAGUCACACAUCCUCUAGAUCUAGUCAAGGUUCGCCUUCAAACUGCGCCCAAGGAUGCGCCCAAACGAAUGCUCGGCAUGUUCAUUCAUGUGAUCAAAGAAAAUGGUGUUCCAGGAUUAUACAAAGGCCUCUCUGCUUCUCUUCUCCGGCAAAUCACCUACAGCACCACGCGAUUUGGAGUCUACGAGAAGCUCAAGGAUGGAUUCACGACACCAGAGCAUGCGCCGUCAAUGGCGACACUUGUCGGAAUGGCAUGCACAUCCGGAUUCCUGGGUGGACUGGCAGGCAACCCAGCGGACGUUCUCAAUGUGCGAAUGCAACACGACGCUGCACUCCCCCCGGCUGAGCGGCGCAACUACCGCAACGCAAUUGACGGACUGAUUCGCAUGUCGCGUGAGGAAGGACUCGCGAGUUUGUUCCGUGGAGUAGGCGCCAACAGCGCACGAGCAGUGCUCAUGACAGCCUCGCAGCUGGCUUCAUAUGACGGCUUCAAGCGCAGCUUACUCGCCAACACGCCGCUCGAGGAUAAUCUCACGACACACUUUACUGCGUCAUUUUUGGCAGGAUUUGUCGCUACGACCAUUUGCUCGCCCGUCGACGUCAUCAAGACCCGCGUCAUGAGCGCAAAGGAGACAAAAGGUCUCGGACACUUGCUUGCCGACAUUUAUCGCCAUGAGGGCAUCACAUGGAUGUUCCGCGGCUGGGUUCCCAGUUUCAUGCGACUCGGUCCUCACACCAUUGCCACGUUUCUCUUCUUAGAGGAGCACAAGAAGUACUACCGCAAGUGGAAUUCAUUGUAGCCUGAUGCACCUCCAUACCUACAUCGGGCCCUUCGCCAGCAGCUUGAUAACUCUUCAGCCAUUGCCUGGAGGCAAUGCUGCUGAUUUUCAAAAGCGACUGUCAAUACCCAUUUUCGAAGCAGAUCUCUUGCAGCAAUCUUAUCAAAUACCUGGCGCUCAUUUACCCCUCAUUUCAUCCGAGCCGGCCAAUCUCUUCCGCCUCUUUACAUCUGGCAUCGCAAUCAACUUCUAAAGCAUUGUCACGGCGUUGUUGUCUUUGUCCUUAAUCCUUUUUCUCUUUAUUUCCUAUCUUUCCCCCUUCUCUCUUUCCUUCGUCUCAUGUUCAUAUCCACUUUCCUUUCUCUCAGUCU